UCCCAGUGCAGCAUUUGACACGUAAUGGCCAUUCAGUCCUACCACCACCUUCCGUUCCAGUUUUCAUAGCGCCAAAUUGUUCACGCCAACGACCUCUCUAAGAUUCACGGAAUCUGCAGAGGUCUCUUCUCCAUCCCGUUUUAACAUGGCAUCUUCGGCGCGUGUUGCGCACUGCCAGCUGCGGCCCCCAGCACCGUCGGUUCGGUCGAAGGAGCAGUUUGUUCCAGGUCAGAUUCCCGUUCCGAAACCCAAGCCGGCGGAGUUAGAAGCCACAAACAUCGUUCUCCAGCCCCGUCUGUGUAACCUGAGAUCUUACGGGUCCGAUCGGUCGGGAGGCGUGAUCCGGACUAGAAACGACGGCGUUGAUGCCGCCGAUGACGUGUCCCCCUUCUUUGCCACCCUGUCUGAAUAUAUUGAGAGCUCUCGGAAAAGCCAUGAUUUCGAGAUCAUCUCAGGUCGCCUGGCUAUGCUUGUGUUUGCAGGGACAUUGACGAUGGAAAUCGUGACGGGGAACUCAGUGUUCAGAAAGAUGGAGAUGGAAGGGAUAGUGGAAGCAGGAGGGGUGUGUUUGGGAGCGGUAGCUUUUGCGGCCAUAUUUGCGUGGUUCUCAAGUGCUCGAAACAGAGUGAGCAAGGCGUUCACAAUCGGAUGCAACACUUUCAUCGAUUCUGUGAUUGAUCGGAUCGUGGAUAGCUUGUUCUACGAAAGUGAGCUUAGUGACUGGUCUGAUGAAUUGUGAAGCUGUGUCAGUAUCUAAGCGUUUUGGUUUGGCUGUGUGUAAAAGAAAACUAUAGAAAAUGAGAGGUGGAGGUAUAAUUAGGCAAGUGAGAGUCCAAGACUUGGAUUUGAUGAGCACCUCUGUAGCUUUAUACGUUGCUGGAUAGUACAUAGCAUGAUGAUGUAAACAGCUUAUAUAUGUUUGGUGUUUUAUAUAGAAAAGAAGAAUGGUAACUAGUUGAUAUGGAGCGUCAGAAUUACAUUCAAAAGCUCCAGACUGAUUU